CGGGUUCGCGAGAGCACGCGAGUGAUUACAACUUAUAGUUGCUGUGCAUCGUGUCGCGUACGAAGCUGCACAGCUGAUUCAGAAUAGCGGGGAGUCAAGAAUAACGAGAGAGACAAAAUAGAGGGUAUUGGUGUUCUAUUAUACAUAAUACAUACUCUGUUAGAAAAGAUGGCGAAGACGAAGCAAAGGUAUAUAAUUACGUGACAAAUACGUCCGAAUUGUUUACGGUGUUGUGUUUGGCCGGAAAAUUCGGCGUGAUUCGACAUUUGCCUCGGCAUUUUUUCCUAAUAUAUACACGAUCUGAUCCGAUGUUCGAAUAUUUCGACCUGAGAUUGCUUUAUCAUAGCCGCAAUCGUUUCUUAAACUUAAACUGUGCGCGAUUUGAUUUCUCGUCUUUUUGGUGUAAAAUAAUCUACUGGCAGAUGCACAAUGGCGGAUUCAUUGCAUAAAGAUGGAUACGAAAAUUCUGGUUUGACUAUGCGCACUAGUAGUGGUAAUAUAGGAUCAGAUAGUGACAUGAAAUUGGAGCCAUCUAGUCCUACGGAGAAAUAUACUUUCUCUCGUUGUAGUAGCACAGGCUCAGUGAACACGCCAUCUUCAUCAGCUCAUAAUACAGAGGAUGAGGACAGUGAUAAUAAAAGUUCUACUAUAAGCUACAAAGAGCGCAGAAGGGAAGCCCAUACUCAAGCUGAGCAGAAGAGAAGAGAUGCUAUCAAGAAGGGCUAUGACUCCCUUCAAGAUUUGGUUCCCACUUGUCAGCAUACAGAUUCAUCAGGUUAUAAGAUCUCCAAGGCUACGGUGCUUCAAAAAUCCAUCGAUUACAUACAGUUUUUGCUGCAACAAAAAAAGAAGCAGGAGGAAGAACGUAAUGGGUUGAGGAAAGAGGUUGUUGCGUUACGCAUUAUGCAAACUAAUUAUGAACAGAUCGUCAAAGCGCAUCAGACACAACCAGGACAUGCAGAAAUGCGAGUUUCGGACGAAAUGAAGUUUCAAGUGUUUCAGGCAAUAAUGGAUCGCCUUUUCCAAACGUUUAAUAACGUUUCUGUAGCAAACUUUGCAGAAUUAUCAGGAUGUGUGUUCAGUUGGUUGGAGGAGCAUUGUAAACCUCAGACGCUGCGUGAAGUGGUACUUUCUGUACUGCAGCAACUUAACAAUCAAAUUAACUAGUCAAAUGUAUCUUUAAGAAAGAUGCAUAUUGCAUACAAUAGAAUUCAAUAGCUUCGUAUAGCUAUUGAAAAUAUAUACAUUAACAUUUAAAAAUUAUUUUAAGAUUAUGAAACAGAAAAUAUACAUGUUUUUUUUCUAUUUGAUUAUUGAUACUGGAGGCUUGAUAAUUUGACAUAAAAGCGAGAUUGAAAUAUUCGAAUUAUUGUACUAAAAUGACAAAUAUUGGUGAUUUUCUCGUUGCAAUCUCUGUAUCAAUGUAAUGUUUUUUUUUUUACUAUUUAGUUUAUAUAUCUAGAUGAUAUAUAUAAAUCUAGAUACUUAAAUGUAUGUUCUAUACAUUGUUAACAAAGUUUUCAAAACUGUGCGAUCUCUAAAUGCACUUUGCAUUUUUCAGUGAGCAGAUUUGUUGCAUAAUAGAACCAAUUAUUAAUUUUUCCAAUAUUUUCGACAUUUAUGAAUACGUACGCGGAUAUGCGCGUACAUGCGCGCUUAUACAUAUACAUACAGAAUUGUUUGUGUUACAAAAUUUAUUUUAUGU